GCCGAAGGGGGGUGAGAGCGGAGAAAGGGGUGGAGCUUCGCCCUGACCCGACUAUUUAAAGGCCGGGCAAAGGGGUUGGAACUGCAGUGCCAACGAAAGGGCAAGGGAGGGGGGAGGUUCAGGGAGGCUGAGCGCCGUUGCAGGGCUGCUGCUACGGGUCAGCGCUUCAGUGGCUACCUCGGAGGUGCCUUAUUCUUCUUGUUAACUCCACGGAGACCGUGAAGCCGAGCCGUCUGUCCGGCGCUGAUCCCAGCAGGGACCGUCUUCCAAGGGCUCUUUGAGCAAACGGGAGGUGGAAAGAAAACGAUGCCCGUCUCGUGGGACAGCUUCUCCUCUUCGCUGCCUCCCAUCCCGGAGCAGAGGGAAAACCCUCCUGCCUUUUCGUGGGAGAAGAGCGCUUACCAAGAAGAGGCCAGUCGCGCUGCGAGGCUGGAGACCUCCGAUUGCGAAUCCCUCGACAGCAGUUUAAGCUCCGAAGGAGAUGCACAAGAAUAUCUAGAUGAAGUGUCUUUGCCUGAUUUUGACUUGUUAAAUGAUCCAGAGGAUGAACUCCUGUGUGCCAACCUCAUGAAGCUAAUCCAAGUCAGUCUCAACAAAGCCAAGAUCAACUCCAACCGCGCCUCCCGGCUCCUUAUGCCCAACCAGCUGGUCACACAAGUUGGGAAGGAACUGCUUCACUUGGCUUACCGGGAGCCCUGUGGUUUGCGGGGGGCCCUCAUUGACUUGUGUGUGGAACAAGGGAAGGGAUGCCACAGUGUGGGGCAGAUUGCAGUGGACCCCAGCCUAGUGCCUACCUUCCAGCUGACUCUGGUUCUAAGACUGGAUUCCCGCCUGUGGCCAAAAAUCCAGGGACUCUUUAGCUCCGGCUCAGCUUUCUCUCCAGGCUUUAGCCAAUCACUGAAGCUCAGCACUGGUUUCAGAGUGAUUAAAAAGAAGCUGUACAGCUCUGAACAGUUGCUCAUAGAGGAAUGUUGAGGUGGAUGGCCUUCUUCUUCCUGGUGGGUUUAACUGAGCAUUUCCUCUAAGAUGUGGUGGCCAGCACCAGACAAGAUUGGGGUGAGGCUUUUACUUAAAAAGGGCUAUGGAACAUAAGCUGAUUUUGAGAGGGGGGCGGGCUUCCCUUGGGGGGGGAGCCCACCCCCCAGGUUAGAUUAGAUGGAUGUUUGAUUUGAAGAGAAUAGUGGGGCAGAGGUAGUCCAAAGAGGAGGCAGAAAGUGACGCUUGAAAAAAAAAUAGCAUUUUGAUGCUUAGUAAUUCUGACAAAAACAAAGCCCUCUGCUGACUAGGCCUGGGUACAACAGGUUAGCUUUAAAAUUCAACAUUUGUCUUGACUGAUUUAGCAGUAUUUUUUUCCCUUGACAACUGAUGUGAGAUAAUAGUAGCAGGCCUGACACUAUGGGCAUAUGAAGGUUGCCUCUUCUCUUUUCUCUUUUUUGUUUUCUUGUUAAGCGGUUGUUUUUUUAAAAAAAGAAAAAUGUAGAUAGUGGUCCGUGGAUGUUUGGUAAAAGGUGAGGUGCGUGAACGAUGGUUUGUAAGUGUUAAGGUCUAAAAAGGGACCAAGGGGCCAUGUACCUGUUGCUGUGAAGAAGCUCUGCUACUGACACGAGGGCAGCUUAAAGGAAGGCAGCUAAAUAAGGAGUUCUGCAUGGGAAGAAAUGGGGUGGGUUUGAAUCCACCAAACACCACUGUGUAACUCCAUUAGUUUGAAUGAGAUCAGUGUGGGAGGCACAGGGCACUCAAGUGGAUUGUGCCUUGUCAAUGAGUAGGAUUCCUGGUGAUGUAUAUCUCUAAGGGGAGGUGUUAGGUGAUGCUUGCAAGGGGUGGGGUGGGGUCGUGGGGCAGGAACCCUCACGGCCGGUCUGUGUAGCGCUUCCAUUGACUACCGUUCACAUGGAAUACACUUGAUGUUCAGGUUUUUGAAGAUUUCCUAUGCAACUUGGUUUUUUACUUUUCUAAUAAAAAUGUUUCUAAUAAUGUG